UAUGUUGUGAAUUGUCACUACUGCCCAUAACAGCUUGCUUAGACGUACUUUUUUCCUAGAUUUUUAAUAAAUCUACUUUAAAUUAAGUUUUAGAAGUGUUCUUUGGAAUAUAAACACACCUUACUAUGGCCUUGCAACUUGUGCUCCGUAAUGCCACCAAAUUUAAUGGUGCCGCUUUGGUUAAAUCUGUGCGUAUGACCCCAUUAAAGACCUAUGCUACAGUAGUUGCUGCCCAACGUAGUGCUUUGGUCAAACCAUUGAAUUUGGUUAAGAACGUUGCUGCUCCUGUUACACGUAAUGUUGCGGUAAGUGCUCCCCGCAUGGCUGCUGCUGGUGGUAGUCACACUGCCUUGUGGACAAUUGAACGUGUUGUUUCGUUGGCUUUGUUGGGUGUUGUACCACUCGCUUUCGUUGUACCAUCACAAACCAUGGAUGCUUUGUUGGCUGUUUCCCUGGUUCUUCAUUCUCACUGGGGCAUUGAAGCCUUGGUAACUGAUUACAUGCGUCCCUCUGUGGUUGGUAAUGUUUUACCUAAAGUAGCUCACGGAUCCUUGCUGUUGUUGUCUAUGGCAACUUUGGGCGGUUUGUUCUACUUGAUCUACAACGACAUUGGCAUUGCCAAGUCUGUUAAGAAAUUGUGGGCAGUGAAAGGUGUUUAAAUUUUGCCAAAAAAAAAUUAUCUAUGUUAUUAUUUAGAAAUUGUAUGCUUUAAUUCAAUUACUUAAAACUUCAAUGAGAUAUUCACUUUGUAAGAGAAAAUACAAAAAAUAAAUUAUUCAUCGAACAAAUAA